CCUCCACCUCCCUCCUUUAACCCUCAGAUGCGUUAAAACGCCGCUUUGAAACGAGACGUUCGCUGUUGAAACUGCACCUUAUUGUAGCGGGUCGGUGAUAUACGUGUGAAACAGCAGCUAUAUGUUGGUGUUAGCAGCAGCAGUCUCUCUCUCCCCCCCCUCCACCUCCAUUCAUAUCCUGCGCACUGGCUGCUGCUCUGACCGAGUAAUGGCUACGAUCCGCUGCCUUUUUUAAAGAGCGGCAACAACGGGUUGUCAUGGAUGAUGAAGACGGCAGGUGCCUUCUAGAUGUAAUUUGUGACCCAGAAGCUCUCAAUGACUUUCUUCAUGGAUCUGAGACCCAUUUGGACACUGACGACCUUUUGGAUGGUUCGAGUGACCCCUCCAGCUCGUUCUUCUCUACCACUGGGGGCCAUGUUCCAGAGGUCCAGCCCGCGGUCCAGCUGUCGGCCAACGAGCCGACAGGCCUGCCUAGAGUCAGCGUUGACUUGGACUUUCUGGAGGAUGAUGACAUCCUGGGAGGAUCCCCAGGUGGUGAAGGUGGGAGCAAUGGCAUUGGGACAAAUCACGAGCCAUGUGACAUCCUGCAGCAGAGCUUGGCUGAAGCCAACAUCACAGAGCAAAGCCUACAGGAGGCAGAGGCUGAGCUGGACCUGGGCUCCUUUGGUAUUCCCGGCCUUACACAGGUGGUUCAGACGCUGCCUGAUGCCAGCCUCUCUGGGGCUGGAGGCGCUGCUGUUGGUGUAGGCAUAGGUGUCGGCGUUGGGGGAGCAGCAACAAUUUUCCCAGGGUCUGCCCCGAGCUCCACUGCUACUCCUCCCAAUGCCACAGCUGACAUGCUGGGCUCGGUUCUUGCUCAGCAAGGCCUUCAACUCCAAUCCCAGGUCAUGAACAAGGCCAUUAGUGUUCAGCCAUUUAUGCAGCCUGUGGGCCUGGGAAAUGUGACGCUUCAACCCAUUUCAAGUCUCCAAGCUCUUCCUAACGGGAGUCAGUCUGGACAUUUGGGUAUCGGACAGAUUCAGGUUGUGGGUCAGCCCACAGUCAUGACUAUCAAUCAGUCUGGGCAGCCAAUCCUGGCUAAAGCCAUGGGUGGCUACCAGCUGCACCAGUCUGGGCCAGAGGUAUCAGGUGCUGGUUCUCAGGCAGGGCUUGGAGGCUCAGGGGGUGGACUUCUGAUCCAAGGUAAUAAAGCCACUUUGGGAUCUCCAGCUUUAAAUGGACCGGCUGUUUGUGUCAGCAGCACAAACAGCAGCGGCGGCGGUACGUUGACCGUCCCUGCUGGGCUCGUGGGCUUUGGCAAUACCCCUCUAAGUUCAGGAAUUGGACCCCAGACACAAACUCAAGGCCAAAUCAUGCAGAACGUGAUCAUCCAACGCACACCAACACCCAUUCAGCCUAAACCCCCACAGGGGGGAGCCAUCCAACCGAAACUCUUCAAACAGCAACCACAGCAGCAGCAGCCACAGCCAGCACCCCAGACCUUGCAAAACGAUGCCCACAAGGCUCUAGGCCUGCAGCAGAUUCCAGUUUCUACUGCUCAGAAUGUAACCUUCUUGACAGGAAAGCCAGGCUCGAACGUUGUCAUAAACACUCAAGCCACGACACAAGGCCCCCAGUUUCAACAAACCCUGUUCAAACAACAAGCAGCACAAACAUCUGGCAAGCCCCUCAGCGUACACUUGUUAAACCAACAAGGCAGCAUCGUUAUCCCCUCUCAGACAGUCCUGCAAGGUCAGAACCACCAGUUUCUUCUGCCACAGUUACAGGCGGGCGGGCAGAUCCUGACCCAGCACCCUGGGGGCCACAUCAUCACCAGUCAGGGUCCUGGUGGACAGCUCAUUGCAAACCAGAUUUUAACUGCAAACCAGAACAUCAACUUGGGUCAGGUGUUGACUUCACAGGGCCACCCUGGGGCUGCCCACAUCCUCUCUGGACCCAUUCAGCUCCAGCCUGGCCAGAUGGGCACGCCCACCCUCUUUCAGAUGCCUGUCUCUUUGGCUCAGAGUCAAAGCCAGACACAGACUCACACAGUCUCAGGUCAUGCCCAGACAGUCAUACAGGGCAUGCCCAUCCAGAACUCCCUGACUAUGCUUAGUCAGGUGGAGGGACUGAGCCCCGCAGUCAGCCUUCAGCCAGCCCUACAACCCCAGCCGGGUGGAGUCCCCAGCAGCAGCAGCACAGGAGCAGCAACCAUGGCUCAAGGCCAGCCUGGAGAGUGUGUUACUGUGCUGGGGAGCUCCACCGACCAGGCUGCUCAUCCCACUCAGCAUCACGUACCGCAAUCCUCUAUCCUCGCCAUGCAACCGGCUUCCUCCGUGUCCACGGCUACCACGAUCACAGUGCCCUCCUCUUCUCCGUCCAUGUCUGUGUCCUCCUCUUCCUCUGUCACAGCAGUGGGGCUGGUCCCCCCUCAGGCUCAGCACAGUCCAGGGAGGUUACUGUUCACCAACCAGGGCUCCAGUAUGAUCCUGAGCCAGGAGUCCCUGCAGAUGUUCCUGCAACAGGAGCAGCACCACCAAACAGAGAAUGAGUCAACCCCCUCUGUGGGCGUACCAGCGUCUGUAAUCGUCAGCAGCAACAGCAUCACUGCUCCGGCCCCCGCUGUCCAUGACAGCCAAUUAACUGACUCGUGGGUGGGUCAGAGCCACAGUCCUUCCCCCGGCCCCUCCCACAUGACAGCAGUGGUAAAGCAGGUACCCUCCAGUGGACACAAACAGCCCCUGAAGAUCCAGAGCAUGUCGCCCUCGCCGGCCUUGACGACUCACACCGCAGCGCCCCCCGUGGCGGACAGCCCCCAGCCCUCCCAGUCCCCUCUCACUCUGAGCCAGCAGAUCCAGUCACCGCACCAUCAACAGCAGCCACAUCCUCCCUCUCAGCCUCAGCCGCAGUCUCAAACUCCCUCCCGCUCGUGCACACCCUCGUCUCACCCUCCGCUCUUUAUUGUCCACAACCAAAUAGCAGAGUCCCCCCAGCCCGCUCCGCAAGUCCAGCCUCAGCAGACGCAGCCCCAACAGACACACAUUCAAGUUCAGCUUCAGCCUCAGCCACGGCCGGCCUCUCAGCCCGCCCCUUACCAACAAGACAUGCCCCCGAUGUCGCAGUCACCCAAGCCUCUUCCCGCACCACCCGUACAGCACCAGUUUACCGCUUCUCCUGUCAGCACUUCUGCCACAGCUGUCGUCAAAGCCCAGGUUCCCAUCCAGGGCCUGACAGCAGAGCAGCAGCACCACCUGCAAAUAAUAGGAGCGCAAAUACAGACCUUGUCAGGCAUCGCCCAGCCCUCACCUCAGCAGAAACAACUGCUGGAUAAGCUGCACCAGGUCCAACAGAGCAUCCUGCUGCAGGCCAAGCAGGUGUCUCAGCCUCAACCGCAGCCUCAACCCCAGCCCCAGCCUCUGCCCCAACCUCCGCCUCAGCCUCAACCCCCACCUCAGCUUCAACCCACCAGUCAGUUCAGCUCUCAGCAAGAUGUGCCUGCAUCAUCAGCCAGCACUGGUCCGCCUGCUCAGCUUCCAUCAGUGCUGCAGCCGACGUCAGUGCUCGUCAAAACUCCUGCUACAGCAUCAAGUGACUUACAGGUAUUCUCAGGAGCCCAAGGGCCAGCUGGAGCAAUGGUGAAUCAGACUGUCACUCCUGCCAGCCUUACCCAGCCUGCACAGGUAGGUAGCACCAAGAGCCAGACUGAUACCGGAUGUUUGGGGCAGAUAAUGAUAUUAGUUCAGCCAAAGCCAGGGGUGAUCAGCUCAGUUGGAGGUAUGACUCUGGGCAAAGCUGGGAUGCAGAUACAGGUGUUAGGACCUGGUCUGACUCAGAUGCCUGCUCCACAGCCCCCAGCUCCAGUACAAACUCAGACAGCAACAAUGAAGAUGCCUUUCAGUGCAGAGCCCAGCAAAGAAGCCAGGAUGCUAGAACAGCUGAGGAAACAGCAGGGUUCAGUGCUUCACCCAAACUACAGUGCUCCUUUCCACUCCUUUGAGGACACGCUGCACAGACUGCUGCCUUACCAUCUCUACCAGGGAACUGCCAACUCUUCUCAAGACUAUCAGAAAGUGGAUGAUGAAUUUGAGAGCGUCUCCUGCCAUCUGCUGAAACGGACCCAGGCCAUGCUGGAUAAAUAUCGCUACCUGCUCUUUGCUGAGUCGAAACAGAGACUGGGCCCCUCGGCAGAGAUGGUGAUGAUUGAUCGGAUGUUCAUUCAGGAGGAGAAGGUCGCGUUGAGUCAAGACAGGACUUUGGCCAAGGAGAGACCAGAGGAAUUUGUGGCAAACGCACGCAUGUUGGAGAGUGUAGUUUCAUCGCAGCAGAAAUCAUCUUCUGCCGAGCCCGCCUCAGUGAGUGGAGGUGUAGCUGCUGCCGUCUCCGCUCCAGCACCUGCAGCUCCAGCCCCAGCACCUCUUCCAAACAUCAUCCCGAACCCUCCUCCAGGACCCGCCCCAGCUCCGGCUCCAGCUCCAACUCCGACUCCGGCUCCAGCUCCAACUCCAACACCGGCCCCAGUUGCGGCUCCAUCGCCGGUUCCAGCACCGUCUGCCAACCCUCCCACCACCCCUUUCCCUCCUACCAAACUUGUGAUAAAGCAAGGUGGAGGCGGAGCAUCUGUGUCCUGGUCCAGCAGCUGUCCUCCACCUCCGGCUGCAGCGAGCAAGCUUGUGGCCGAACCCACCACCCAGAGCGCCUCCUUCAGCCGCGCUCCUUCAGCGUCCUCCUCCUUCUCCUCUUCGUCCGUGAACUCUCACUCGGCCGAUGACGACGACGCUCUCCCGCAGAGAACCAGCAAGCCGCCUAUCAAGACCUACGAGGCUCGCAGGAGGAUCGGCUUGAAGCUGAAGAUCAAGCAGGAUCAGACGGGCUUCAGUAAGGUGGUCCACAACACCGCCUUAGAUCCGGUGCACACACCUCAACCUCAGCAGAGCAGCCAGUCCAUUUCCCAGCCUCAGACUCAGCCGCAGUUCGAAGCUGCUGUACCACACCAAAAGUCCCACCCCGUAUCGACUCCUCCCACGACAGUCAUCAGAACUCAGUCCCCCGUGUGUAUCGCUUCUUCUGCUUCGUCGGUCACCAUCGCGACCACUCAGUGUAAUCCACCACUGAGGGGUAAUGUUCCCCCCAAUGCAGCACUAUCCUCCUCUACCUCUUCCUCUCAUAGCUGGUCCAGCUCCUUCUCCUCCUCCUCAACUCAAAUGAAUGGGACGUUGGAUCACCACGACAUGGGUGGGGUCAAACACAAUCCUGCCUCCACUGCCACCCCCUCACAGACAACCUGCCGCCUCCCCCUUCGAAAAACCUACCGGGAAAACAUUAGUCCCCGGGUCAGACCUGGUGUCCCGGGGGGAGGAGGAGACGAAGGUUUGUCGUACCCCAGACCGACGCCGUCACCCCCGAGGCACGAGGCCUCAUCUCCUUCCUCAGAGCGGACAGUGAUAGCUAGUGUGAAGGUGGAGAAAAGAGGCAGGGAGGCCUUGCACACUCACACAGAGUCGAGACACGAAACGGGCCGCUUAGGGAGUGCGGUGGAGGGGCUGGAUGACAUGGACAAGGUGUUUAACCGUGGCAUCAAAACCACACAGCACCAUCAUCUCCCACAGCUCCUGGACAGGGAAGGGUCAAAGGAGAGAGGGGAGGAGCACACAGACGAAGAAUCGGAUGUAAGUAAAUACAAGCGGGCGAGCGGGAAAAACAGACAUAGGGCAGGUGGGACAUUUCGAAUGGACCAGCACGCCCCCGGGCCUCCCUCUCCGGAGUCCUCCUUCACACGAGACUCUUUGCUUCCUGCCAAACGCUGCAAAUCAGAUUCCCCCGACAUGGAUAACGCCAGCUUCUCCAGCGGCAGCCCUCCGGACGACUCUCUGAACGAGCACCUGCAGUGCGCUAUCGACAGCAUCCUGAACCUGCAGCAGGAGCCCUCCGCCCGCGGGCACCACAUUAAAGGGGGCAACAGCAGGUCCCACCAACACCAAAGCCAGCGCCCAGGGGGCUCGGCAGCCUCAUCCCACAGACCCUCGCUCCCGCCCUCCUCCUCCUCCGCUUCCUCGUCCUCCUCCUUGGCCCAGCACCCUCAGGUCGGUGGCCGUGGCCACAACGGCAGCCUGGUGCCCCAGACUCAAAGCAGAUAACAGCCCCUCAGCCCCAGGCUGGACUGACACGAGGGGGAACUAAGAGACUAAGAGAUUUGGAGGCAGGGGAAUGGGGGGGCACUGUGAAAACAGUAUCACUGUACUACUCUGCCAAGCUGUGUUGGCUUUGUUUGUCCAUUUGAAUUGUCCAGACAUUCUUUGUCAUUUACAGCCUGAGGUUGAACACAGAGAGAGAGAGACGGAGGGUGGUCGAAGGUAAAGUUUGUCUCUGGGAAUCGCAGACUUGAAGGUGUCUGACACGUUGUAGAUCAGCCACACUCGAUUUGACAAGAUAAAAUAGUUUGAUCUCAUUCAGGAUGCAUACAUUCCUUUCACGUGGUGUGCACGGCGUCCCAUCGAGCGUCAGGCAGGCUCGUAAAACACCAGAAGAUAACACCGUCAUACUGUAAAACAUCGUAAACACACCUCUCACUACAGGGGCAGCUUCUCGUCUGCGAUUGUCAAGAUCGUUUUUUUUUUUUAAACCUCGCCGUCUCACGUCACGCCUGCAUUUCAUAACACGCGAUGCAUUUCAAAAAGUAAAUAUCAAGUUUUUCCUCUCCGACUGCUCUCGGCUAACGUCGAGAUGUAAAUGAAACGUUGUGAGGAAGUUCGGUUCUCUUCUGCUUCUCAUGUCAGAUGUUUUUAGACCACAUCUCCACACACACACACACACACACACACACACCUGCCCUCCCCUCCCCCUUGUUGCUUAUGUUGCCAGGUUAGGACAUUAUGCAUUUCAGGCAGCAGGGGGCAGGCCAGUUUUAACUGUUGAUUUUCUGUUCUCUGUUUUCAUCUUUCUGCCACUGUGUCCCUGCCCUGCCUCCCACAUGUGUGUUUUUGUGUUGUUGUUGUUUUUUUGUUUUUUUUUUUGUUUUUUUUUUAAGCCUGGUGGACAAUUCAAACACAAACAGCACAAACAUUUGAAAUGGAAAAAAAGGAACAAUAAUAAUGUACAAAAAGACCGUAAGAGAAUUUGAAGUAUAGUAUUACAGAUUAAUUUUGUAUUGUAUUUAUUGUGUAUAAUGACACUUUUUAAAAAGAAAUGUACAUUUAGUAAAACUGUAAAUUAAACCUUGCUUCUUUUAUGAAACACUGCA